CGCUACCGACAUGUCUCCGCGUCCCUAGGCGAGAGGAGGCUGCCGUUCACAAGCAGCCUCCAACUCACAACUCCCUUACGACGAUCGGGAUGGGACCUAAUGCAAAUAUAAUCCCCCAAAAUAUUUACUCGGGCCGCAAUGGCUCUACAGACAAGAUGGCGUUUUCUCCUUUUAUUGUUUUGCGGACUCGCUUCGGGAAACGGGGAUGAUAAUUUAGAAAUUUUUGAUGUGCUAUCGGUGCUACGCGAAGCACCUUUACCAGAAGGGGUGAAGCUCGCACCAGGGCGGUGCCAAUCCGCUCGAACAACGCCCGCGCACUACUCAGCCUACAAUCUCAACGAGAAUGCUACAUUCCAUCAAUUAGCUGCUGGAAUGUUUUACAACACCUUCCCUGAAGACUUUUCGAUCCUUAGUGUGGUUCGACUUCCAGACACAACUCAGAACCCAGUCUUUGUCUUAUACUCCGACGCUGGCGACGAGCAGUUGCAACUGGUAGCCGGUCAGCUGAUUGAGUUAUACUAUGAGGACACCCGGGGUGACCCUCCGGACAACGAGCUUCUCACCUUUAGGGUUAACAUCGCUGAUGGAAAUUGGCAUCGAUUAGCAGUCAGUGUUAAAGGCGAUUCAGUGACUUUGCUGGUAGAUUGUGAAGUGAGAGGUACUCUGAAGCUCAACCGUCAGCCAGGCAGUACGUUUAAUUUAGCAGGCGCACUUGUGGUCGGAGUACAAGUGACGCCUGAUCAAUAUUAUGAAGGUGAUAUCGAACUGCUUCAAUUUGCCAACAAGCCCGAUGCAGCAUACGACAUGUGUAUUUCAAUUGCACCCAACUGCACUGGCACCGGAUACGGUUCCAGAUCGGGAUAUGUCUCUGGCAUUGCUGCUAAUGUUGUUGCAAGAGAAAGAAACAAAGAAGCUUCGACUGACGUUAGAAGAACAACAGAAAGACAACCUGGCCGACAAAAUUACGAGACUACAACACACAGGAAUCUGUACACGCUAAACGCAAAUGGUGAUAGAAGGAGGCAGCAGCUCGGUAGAAGGUUCUACAAUACACGAAACCGGACAGAUAACUUAGCGGCCGCUGCAAUUAGAGGUCUUACAACUAUACGCCCUGAUUGGCAGAUUACAAACUCCUAUGCAGUCACUGGACAACAUCCUUCUUCAACUGACUCAGAUGAAAACAGCAUCUUUGGAACAUUUACAGAAGGAAUUGAAACAAUUACAACACCUAACAUCAUACACACAACGUCACCUGAACCUGAACACAUCGAAGUGUCUACACAAAGGCUUAAACGCGACGAGGAGGAGACGGAAAUUGUCACGCUCACAACCACAGAAUCCUCUUAUACGGCGAUUACGACCACCGAGGACGACGAUUGGCUCACACACCCUCCGUACGGAUAUGGUAAUUCAUCACAAGGUUCUUGGGACGGUUACUACGAUUAUGGAAUAACUUUGCCCUAUACGGGUCCUAGAGGAUACCCAGGUCCACCCGGUCCACAGGGACCUAGAGGACCAAAAGGAGAACCGGGCAGACCCGGAGCAGAAGGAUUACAAGGAUUUCAAGGACCACCUGGACAUGUUUUCGUUGUGCCGCUACAACAAUCAGGAAAUGACAAAGGACCAGACGCUCAAUCCGAAGCACUUCGUCAAAUGUUAUCGCAACAUAUGGCGGCAAUGAGAGGAGUAGAAGGACCAAUGGGACUGACAGGGCCCUCCGGCCCGGAAGGCGAAAUAGGUCCCGAAGGUCCCAAAGGUGAACAAGGUGAACAGGGCGAACCGGGAGGGCCUGGUCCUAGAGGACUACAAGGACCGCCAGGAAGAAUGGGACGCCGAGGCCAUGCGGGCAGGGACGGCGAACGCGGUAGCACGGGUGCUCCAGGGCCUAAAGGAGAAACUGGGUAUCCAGGGUUGCCAGGAAUACCUGGAGACAAAGGAGAACGAGGUUCACUGGGACUUCAAGGAGAACCUGGCCCACCAGGUCAAGAUGGUCCACCUGGAGACGAUGGACCGCCUGGACCACCUGGCUUAGCCGGCGAAUUGGGUCCACGAGGGUUCAUGGGACCGAGAGGAUUUCCUGGUUUGAUUGGUUACCCAGGAAUUCCCGGUAACGAAGGUCUUCAAGGUGCUAAGGGAGCUUCUGGCCAACCUGGCCCACCAGGACCGGUAGGACAACCCGGCCCAAUGGGCCCAAUGGGCUCCCCAGGGCCACAAGGACCAAUUGGAGCCUCAGGUGUUCAGGGUCCACAAGGCAAACAGGGAAUAUUUGGACUACCUGGACCAGAAGGCCUUCCGGGGACACCCGGGAAUCCAGGACAACAGGGUGUGGCCGGUGAGGCUGGACCCCAAGGACCACAGGGAAUGCUUGGUUUCCCUGGCCCUCGCGGCUUGAAAGGAGACGACGGUCCCAGGGGCCUCCCAGGGGAUAAAGGAGACAAAGGAAUAAGAGGCAUUGAGGGAGAAAAGGGAGAAUCUGGACCAAAAGGCGAUCGUGGUUUACCUGGCGAACCUGGACCACCCGGAAUUGAAGGACCGGAAGGACAAAAAGGUGCAGAAGGUCCCCGAGGAGAGACAGGAUCUAUUGGACCAGCGGGAGAAAAAGGAGCUACUGGUCCAUUAGGACCAAUGGGUUAUCCCGGAGCACAGGGAGAAAAAGGAGACAAAGGCGCUUCAGGAAGACGAGGUAGACGAGGAAUAAAAGGAGUCAUGGGACUUGUGGGUAAUCCUGGUGACCGAGGAGAAACUGGGCCAAGGGGAUACAGAGGUCCACGGGGUCGCCGCGGUUCGGAUGGUGCUCCUGGUCCUAAAGGGGAUACAGGGCAGCCGGGCUCGCCGGGCCCAAUCGGUGAACGAGGACCGCAAGGUAUCGAAGGUGUCCGAGGAUUUCCAGGAGCUAUAGGCCCUCCAGGAUCUGAUGGUAAACCUGGUAUGCCUGGACCACCAGGAGAACGGGGACCAACGGGUGAAUCCGGCGCGCCAGGACCAGCAGGUCCUACGGGACCUACAGGCCCCCAAGGGCCUCCAGGGGACCCAGGACAACCUGGUCCCCAAGGUUCAUCAGGCACACCAGGAACGCCUGGCGAAAUUGGAGCUCCUGGUGAAGUUGGUAAAGAAGGGCCUCCGGGACCUCCAGGCCCAGAAGGAAAACCAGGCCCUGUUGGUUCUUCUGGGCCUCCUGGUUUGCGAGGAGAUCCUGGGCUACCAGGACCAGCUGGCACACCCGGAACGAAAGGUGAUAUAGGGCCAAUCGGACCACCAGGCGUAAGGGGUGAUAAAGGAGAACAAGGUGAACCUGGAAAUGAAGGACCACAAGGCCCCCAAGGUCGUGAAGGGCCACGAGGAUUUCCUGGGCCAGGAGGCCAAAAAGGAGAAAUUGGAGAGCCUGGACCUCUCGGACCUAUCGGUCGGGACGGUCUAACUGGUCCUAGAGGACUUCCGGGCGCCCCUGGACCGAUUGGACCUCCAGGUGAAGAUGGCGAUAAGGGAGAAGCUGGUCCCCCUGGCGAAAAAGGAUUUAAGGGUGCAAUGGGAGAACCAGGACCACCAGGUUCCACGGGUAUUCAAGGACUAAGAGGAGAACCUGGAUCAGUAGGUCUGCCAGGUGACAAAGGUCCGCAAGGAGAUCCGGGACCACCAGGUCCUCGAGGUACAGACGGAGUACGUGGUCCACCAGGACCUGCAGGCUCUACUGGUCCACAAGGAGAAAAAGGACAACAAGGGGUAAAGGGGGAUACGGGUGAUGUGGGACCAACGGGUCCUCCGGGUCCCGUCGGUCCCAGCGGACUCCCAGGUAGAAGAGGGCCAAAAGGCAUUCCGGGAGAACCAGGACCUCGUGGUGCAGAAGGUCAACGUGGAGACGUUGGUAACCCAGGUGCGCCAGGACUACAGGGACCUCAAGGACCUGAAGGAAAAUUGGGUCCAAGAGGUCCAGUAGGGCCCAAAGGAGAAGAUGGACCAGUAGGAUUACAAGGAGAGCCAGGACCAAAAGGACCAACUGGACCAGAGGGUCCAAAAGGAAAUCCUGGCCCUGCUGGCUUCCCUGGAGAGAGAGGAGAGCCAGGACUUCAAGGAAUAAAAGGUGACCAGGGAGCAGACGGACCCGAAGGAAGCCCAGGUCCACCAGGAGCACCUGGUCCUGUAGGACCAAGUGGAAAACCGGGGGAAAUCGGCAUGCCUGGUCAGCCGGGUUCGGAUGGCCCGGCUGGUGCUCAGGGUAGCCCUGGUUUGCCCGGUGAGAAAGGGGAAACUGGUAUAAAAGGUGCACCCGGAGAACAAGGACCUCCAGGACAACCUGGUCCUCCAGGCGACGAUGGCCAGCGAGGAGUCAGAGGCCCACCUGGACCUAAUGGUGAUGCUGGAGCCCCAGGCUUAACAGGACCUAUGGGACAACCUGGAAAAGCGGGUCCACCCGGACCUGCCGGCCCAAGAGGAGAAAAAGGAAUUAUGGGUCCUAAAGGUCAUAUAGGAGACACAGGGCCAAUGGGAAUAAAAGGAGAUCAAGGAGAUAUCGGUAAACAAGGACUUCCAGGCCCUGCAGGACCACCAGGGCCAAAAGGAGAUGUGGGGCCCAUAGGUCCACCUGGACCUAAAGGAGAAACAGGUCCCAUUGGACCUCCGGGAUUGGACGGUCCUAUGGGGCCAAAAGGGAACACAGGUCCAGAAGGUAGAUCAGGUCAACCCGGUCCACCAGGUGCACCUGGUCCACCUGGUCCUCCGGCACCAGCGCCGCAAAUACCACCAGAUCUUUUUACCUCUUAUACCAGACGAAGACGUAGCGUUGACGAAUCUAUGGAAACGGCGACUGAAGAUAAUUUUGAAGAAGAAGACGAAAUCGAGUGGGUACAAGAAGUGAUGAACGGUGUGAUAGCCGCUCACACAUCAUUGGAUGCAGCAAGACGACCACGAGGAACACGAACUAACCCAGCAUUAUCUUGUCGAGAUUUACGAACUGCUCAUUCCAAUUUUAGUGAUGGAUUCUACUGGAUAGACGCCCGUGGUGGAGGAGCUUCGCUUCCAAUCAAGGUGUACUGUAAAGGUCACAACACUUGUCUCUAUCCCGACAUGAGAGAUACUGUAGAUACGUACAGUACGGAUGAAACUGUGCAGAAAUUCUCUCAAAUUGACAAUGGAUAUCGGAUAUCAUAUGAAGCAGAGGGAUCGGGUUUUGUUCAGCUUCGAUUCUUAAGGCUGUUAUCAAAUGUAGCAAGGCAGAAUUUUACAUAUUUCUGCAUUAGUGCAAAAACUCCUCAAAGAUCCGAUAUCCCAGCGGAAACCACGCGACUGAAUACAAUUAAAUUGAUUGGAAAUAACGCUGCUGAAUUCAAAGAACCACAAGUUGUGAAAGAUGACUGCAAGGAGGGAAGCGGAGAAAUAGUACUGGAAAUCAAAACGUCCAAGACUGACAGACUUCCUAUCAUCGACUUCCAGCCUUUGACCUUCUAUGACUCAGAACACCAGUUCACGUUCAACGUAGGACCUGUUUGCUUCUCCUAGGUCUUUGCAAAAUAUGUAUGCUUUUUGAAAAACAUUUGCAUGCCCUGUAAAU